AUAUUUAUUUAUUUCAACGUGCAAAUGUCGAACACUUCUAUAACUCCGUUACCUUGCAAUGUUAAACUAUUUCCAAACUUUCGAUAUAUACUUUGAUGCCGAUACCUCUGGAGAAGAAGAAAUAAUUUAUGACGACGACAACUUAAAACGAGAUGAAGAUUUUGAUCUCACUGAUUGCAUAUCAUAUGAUUUAGCUAUUGAAAGAAUAGCAUUCGACUCGGAAAAUAUCUGGGAAAAUAAUAACGAAGAUAGUGCCCUGAAAUAUAUGUACCAUGUAUUACUUAAAAGGCACAACAUAUUACAACAACGAAUUGAAACGACUACAGCAAGUGAUAUACUUGCAGCCAUUAUCGUUAAAAAUAACGAUGUGCCGUGUCAAGAUUAUAAUGACGACAUAUCAGACUUUGAAGCAUUGACACUGAAAUCCGAAAUUCCGUAUGCCCCGACCUAUGAUUAUCUUACAGACGAAAACUUACAGCUGCACAGCGCCUACUGGGAUGAUGUAAAGAUUGUUGGUUUUGGACGAAACAAGACAUCCCCAUUCCCUGCGUAUAAUGACAGCUUUGACCCGAGAUUGACAUUUAGAGGUCUUUACGAAGAUGCAUUUCAUGCCAUGUGCGGUUUCGUUCCUUCCAUUGAUCCCCUAGACAAUUAUAAUGUGAUCCUACCAGUUGGCCGUAUUCCCGAGGUCGUUUGCGACUAUUUUGAUAAAUAUAACUCUUUGUUGAAUGAUCUUCGAACAUCACCAUGGGACCUGUAUGAUGAAAAUUUGGAAACUGGAAAUGAGGUCAAUCAGAAUAAUGCGCUCGUUAAAACGAACAUAGAUCGGCCAUGGAGUGAAACAACCAGCAUACCAUAUCUGGCUCCCAAUGUGACUUCUUUCCUCUGUGACAAGACGGACCUAGCUCUACUUGACACCGAGGGCGAGCUACUAAAAAAGAAGACUCUUUCCGAUUCUGUUAAAGAUCUGUGGAGAAGGACCCUUAAUGUGGGGUCCCCCGUCGCCACUACAGAUCGUGGGGACGAUUCUGUUCCCCGCUGUUACACUUCUCCUUGUCGACCAGAGCACGAAGUAGCUUAUUCCACGGGAGACCCUCGGAGUAACGUGGACGCGGUGCAAGUUAAAACACAGACUGAAUGUCACGCUGUCUGGCCUAGCCAGCUGUACCCAUUUGGACCCAUUCCGAAUGUACCAAACCACAUCUCUCAAGCGCAUACGCACGAGGGACAAGACUGGGUUCGGAAUACAGAAUCACGAGUUGAUUCCGCGUGGACACCCCGUGAAACAAGUUAUGCGAACGACUGGGCAUGCCUUUCAUACAACAAGGAACCAGCUGAAGGCCACUGCCUGUUUCCGUACGACAACGACCCAAGACAUGUUGCGGUACAACCAGUAGACCCAGAUCUAAGCAAAAGAUCUCCAGAAUGGAAUGAUCCUACUUUGAUGAAUCCCGAACUCCAAGAAAAUAAUAACCAGUACACGUAUGUUAGAAAUGAAGCCAAACAGUAUAUGAAUCCAUGGCCAGGCAGAAGUAAACAGGUCAGCAAAUCUCCACCUUCAGACUUAAAUUCACAGUCGUUCAUUGAAUUGGAUGAUGGGGAUAAUGGCCAGGCUAUACCCGUUAUCAUAUCGAAAUCUCAACAUGACCAUCAUAAGAAACGCCACCCGAGCAAGCACGCGAAGACGACAGGUAACAGACCAAAGAAAGACGAGAGUACAGAUGUUAAACCCAGGUCAUCGCAGCUGUCUCCAACAUGCGAACCAUUCGUCCCUCACAGGUCCAAGAAAUACAUGACAGACGAUAAUGCAAAUAGUACGAAUUGCUCAUUUGAUUAUGAACAGCAACACAACAAAGACCAACCAAAGACGGGAGAACACCACAUGAUGGACUGUUAUGAACAGGCAGACAUGUGUCAAACCAAAUACAUGAACACGUACAACGGCUAUGUGAAGACAGAUGACAUCGACAUAGUUAAUAAUAUAGCACCAUCGCAUGCCUUUCCACUUGAUCGUGCUGGGGACUGCUGCGAGCCUGUAGACUAUCCUAUGUCGGCUCCGCCAGCACACAAGCCAAACCAGUUUGAAUUAUCAAACGAAAGGCUUACCGAACCCUCAUUUUCAUCGCAUAUGUUUCAAGAGACACAAUAUUCAGAAGAAAUACAAUAUAGCUGUUUUGUUUCUCAACGUGAGGUUUCUAAACAAAACCACAUGGAAGAGAGACAUGAAUUGGAACAAAGACCAUACAUGCCCGUGCACGCGCAGCAGAAGAAUCCACUACGUUUCAUGUGUGGAGAUGAGAGUCCCAUGCAGCAUUCAGACAUCCCCAUGCAUCAGCAGCCUCCAUCGACUGCUGGAGAAGCACAGUUUUACAAAUGGCAGAACGUCGAUAUACAACCCGGUGUCAGCCAGAGUCAGUCGAUGGAAAAACAGCAGCAACCUGUUACGUGGCAUGAUCCUCCAGGCAUGCGCCAGAAUGAAUAUCCUGGGUCAAAUCCAAAUGCGGGCAAUAUGUCGAUGCCACCAGGCCACGUGACAUGUGUAACACAACCAUCAUUCAACAGCAACGUGAGGAAGGUUAUAUUUUUAACCAAACAGCCCACGACGCAUCUACAGCCACAGCAGCCACUCUUGCAGACUCCCAAACAACGGCAGACGAUACCUCUUCAGCACCACGCCAUCCAGACCUCGCAGGCCAUGUAUCACAACCAGCAGAACAGAAUGAUUGACGCAUCGGGCAUGAGCAGACCCGACCCGUACCAGAACUCGAGAGUGAUGUCUGGAACAAUCCACCACAUACCGCCGAACCAACAAACGCGAGUGAACCCCGCGGCCUACCCCAACUCCUACAGGACGUACGCCUCGGUGGCAACCAAGCUCGUCGUGAACAACCACGGACCACGACCCUACGACCAGCUGGGGUCGGCGAGGACCAUUGCCAUGACGGCGCCAAAAUAUACUAGCAACAUGGUGGCCAUCCCCACCAUAGAGGGCUACCAGCCUGGGAGGUUCUACGGCCCCAUGUUCAACUUCAACAACCACAACGCCACCGACGCAUGCGAGGUCGAUGAGUCAUCUACAGCGGUUACAGUGGAUCAUGUCGGGACUCACGCCAAGGAUUACGAUGUCUAUCAGUCAUCACGGAAGGAGGCGAGGCCGAUCCGAGCCAAUCCAGCAAACCUCAUCAGAAUUAAAUAAAUAGAAAUUUAAAACGCAGUCGAAUCCACACAAAGGUGGUUCAACAUUUUCAGCAUUUUCACAUCAUGCAGAGUACUUCUUCAAAUGGAGUCUCCAACAGGAACAAAAUGGAGGAAAAAUACAUUACUAUUUACCAUACAACAACAACCACAACAAACAAACCAAACACUCUUUAUUUAUUACCGAACAUUUAUUAUUAUUAUUAUUUUUUUUUUUUACGGAACAUGACUGAAAUUGAUACUCCUCACAAAUAAUAUUUUACACAUAUAAAUAACAUUGAAACAUUGCGCAGCCGGUCAGUUUCAAGCAAAAGAAAGGGAAGCUAAGGGUUGCGAAUUUCCAUAUAUUAGAUCAACACGUUUUACUUUUAUAAACAAAAGAAACGUAUAUUUUUAUGGAACCACAAUCCCUAACCCUAACUCUAACCCUAAAACGCUGAAAAUGUUGAACCACCGAUAAAAACAAAGUGUAAUGAAUGACCUCAAAGAGGUAGGUGGGAGUAAAGAAAGCAUUUAUAUCGCACAUUUUUACUGUGAAAUACAUAUAUAUAUAUAUAUAUAUAUAUAUAUAUAUAUAUUGCAAUACAUUUAAAAAAAUAUUAAUUAAAAGAGUAAAUUGGUGCAAAAUAGAUAAAUUAUUUAUUGAUGUAUAGACUGUCUAGCUAUUUAAAUUAUUUAAUUUAUUUAACAAUUAUUAUUAUUAUUAUUAUUAUUAUUAUUAUUAUUAAUUAUUAAGUAUUAUUAUUAUUAUUAU